GUUUCGCGGACGAAUACACACAGGAAAUGGGAAACAUUAGUAAUUUACUUUAUCAUGUGUUAAUAAGAUUUGAGUUGCUGUCAAGAAAUCGGUACACAAAUUAGGGAUUAUGAAGUGAGGCUGAUGAAUAUGGAACUUGAUCAAGCGCAGUGUAGGCACCUACAUGUUGACUUAAGUUUCAACGCCGGGAUAUAGUCCAUCAGUAAUAGGUGCGGCCAUGUUGACCUAUAGCAGAAAACUUUUGGAAUAAUUUUGGCCACAAUAAUUGUUCAGGUAACAUAAUGCCGAAAUGUGAUAGCUGUACGAAGUAUACUCCGGCCACAUUUGCCUGGAUAUUGCUCUUGGGCGCAACUACUCUCUUCUUCUAUUUUCCGUGCCAAAAGUAUUACCUGUUCCAAUUUCCAUGGGUUCCUGCAUACCAAGGAGUUAUUACACUGUUUGUAAUUACCAAUUUCACGCUGGCAACCUUCAUGGAUCCAGGUGUCAUACCAAAAGCUUCCCCAGAAGAGGACAGGGAGGAUGACUUCAGAGCACCUCUAUACAAAAAUGUUGAAAUAAAUGGGAUUACUGUUCGCAUGAAGUGGUGUGUCACCUGUCAGUUUUAUCGUCCACCACGGUGCUCUCACUGUAGUGUGUGCAAUGUUUGCGUUGAGACCUUUGAUCAUCACUGCCCAUGGGUGAACAAUUGCAUUGGAAGAAGAAACUAUCGUUUCUUCUUUAUGUUUCUUAUAUCUCUCAGCAUGCAUAUGACAAGUAUAUUUGCUUUGUGUUUAAUAUACGUUUUGAAAAACAAGGAGAAACUAACUGAAGUUCACACUGUUAUAUCCAUAGUUUUGAUGGGAAUUAUAAUUUUGCUUAUUAUUCCCAUAUAUGGGUUAACAGGAUUCCAUAUGGUGCUUGUAGCACGGGGUAGAACUACCAAUGAACAAGUUACAGGAAAAUUUAAAGGUGGCUACAACCCUUUUUCUCGUGGAUGUUAUCGUAACUGCUGCUAUAUUUUAUGUGGACCAUUAUAUCCCAGCCUGCUGAAGACAGACAAAUAUGCAGGGAAGCCGAGACAUUACCCCACUUCUACAUCAGCCAUUUCAACAAUUACAAAUGAGAACCAGGUAAAAACCUACAUGGAUAACAGCAAUGGGGUUAGAAAUGCCAGUUCCAAUGCUUAUAAUAAGUUGUCGCCAGGACGAGGUGAAGGUUCUGACACAGACAUGGAGCCCACAGCAUCACAGUCACAGGAUUGUGAACCUACACCACCUCUGCAAAGGCAUGGUUCAAAAAAUAACUUUUUCCUGCCUCCUGUUGACACUGGAGAAUCACCAAGGAAACCAAGCCAUUUGCAGCAACAGGUUCAGCAGCAGCAGCAACAACAACAACAACAUAGAGGACCCUAUAGUCGUGGAAGUCCUCAUCCAAGACCAAGAGGGAUGGAGGUGUCCCAGUCACGAAGUCAUACACCUGACCCAUUGUCACCAGAGCAGCAACCAUCACAAUCACCUGCUGUUAGACCACAGGGUCCUAGUCCUACAAUGCAGCAGCGAAUUAAAGCGAUUGGUGUACCCACUCCACUGGCAAUGUCAAGUCCAGUCCGCAGGUCCAACCCAGGCACUCCCACACAGCCACGACGACCAGAUUUUAUUGGAGUUGGGGGAAUGGGGACGCCGUCAUCCACAUACUAUGAAUUUCAGCAACAGCCCUCACAAAUCAGUGCUGUCCAUACACAUCACAGCGUACAGCCCCAUCCAGCAUCUAGAGUUGCGCCGCCAACGUCAAGUUAUGGAAGUCCGCAGCGUCGAUUCCUGUCAGAAAGUGAGCUUGUUCGGCAAGGUGGAUCUGGCGGUGAUCUCGCAUAUGCACGCUCAAAUAACACAGCAGAUAACAUACGAGAAUUAGCUGGCUCUCCACAAAGGGGAGUUUAUACGUGGAAGGACACUUCUCCUGGUGCUUAUGGGUCCAAUGGAAAUGGAAUUGGAGCAUCAUCACAUCAUCAUCAGCCGUUGCCUUCUCAGCAUCAAAGGAGUGCUGGGUACGAGUAUUAUCGCUCAAACCCAACAAGUCCUACGCAGCAGCAACAGCAACAGCAGCAGCAACAGCAGCAGCAGCAAAUGUAUAGUCAGCGUCCUCCAGCUUCCUAUUACCCCCCAGUGCGUGGUGGUGUCCCUGUGUACCCUCCUCCACAAUCUCCACAGAUUAAACGAAAGACAAUGGUAACCCCUACCACCCCAACAGCGGCAGUUUCUUCUUGUGAUGGACGACGACCCAGUCCGGGCUCAAGGAGACCCAUGUCAUUUGUGCGAGCGUUAGAGAUGUCCGAUUCAAUAGAGCUGACUUCAGCUUCCCCAGGUACUCCUCGUUCCGAGCAUAGGCUAGUAACUGUUAGCGGCCCAGUGAGUGGGACCUCAUCUUCAGUUCUUCAAGACACUCAUCGAAGUUCAACACCAACUCCAGACCGUGCUAGUGUUUAUGAUAUGAAUUAUGAAAUUUCUGUAUAGGGAAGGCUUGGCCCAGGUGGUAUACAGGUGUGCGGUUAUCUUAGAAAUCGAACGUUACCACACAACAAACAAGCAACCUACAACUACUUACGAGGGGCCAGGACUUUCCCUUUGUCAAGAAGGGGUUAUAGAUUACCAUAUUGAAACAUCAUUUCAUUUUGAGGUACUAGCUUGUAUCCCUGACAACCAGUAAUCUUGUGAUGCCACUACCAAGUGAAAGAGGACAAAUUUCUAAUGAAAUGAAGAAAAUAAACAUUAAUUUUUUACAAAUUAAUGAUGAUUGCAUUAACGUGUAGUUACUGUAUUGUUAAAGACUUACAGACACAUUUUGUUUUUGUUAAGUGCCAUAAAUUAUAAAUAGUUGAUAUUGUCACACAACAUAACUGAUUAUUGCUACUGCAAUAUUGCAAGUUAUCCUGUUACUCCAUAAUUUAUAUAGAUCUUUACACUAUAUUCCCCAUGUCCCAAAAUUUGUCAUACUUAUAUAACUGAAAUAGCCGUCAAACUAUAUUUCUUAUAAUUAUUAUUAUUAUUUUCUUUUUUAAUUUGUGAUUUUGUAUUAUCUGUUAAUAUCAGUAUACUGAAUCUGCAAGUUCACAGAAUAUAAACUUGUGUGCUGAAUUAAAAAAAAAAAAAAAAAAGAAAAGAAAAAAGAAGAAGAAGAAGAAGAAGAAGAAGAAGAAGAAGGAAAAAGAAAUAACUAUGUUUUGGAGAUGUUUGUGUUGUACUUAAUGUGUCUGAAGACCAAAUCUUAAUUAGCAAUGGCUCAUGAGCUCUUGAGUUACUGUGUCAUAGCACGUCUGUGCAUACUGUGUGUGCUCCUUCUUUGUUGUGUUAUGAAGUACAUGAGAUGUGUGUUUUAUAAAAGAUUCCUGAUGUAAAUUUAUUUAUCCUUCAUAUAUUUUUCUUUAUAUCUGUGAAAUUGCCUUCAUUGGAGUCUUUAUAUUCAGGAAAUUAAAAGAUAGAGAAAUGAGCAGCUUCAUACAAUGCUUACAAACUUCAUUAUAAUGCUUUUUUUAUUUUUUUUUUUAUUAUUAUUAUUAUUUUUGUAAGUAACCCAACACUCAUUUGUUCUGUCUAUGCUCUGCAUUAACUCAAGGUGCAUUAUCCUAUGCAUAAGAACAGCCUUAGCUUGAAUUCAGCAGUACAGACAAAUAAAUCUUGUUACUAACAGUUAGAAUCAAGGCAAAGUUGACUGGCAAUUUUAUGACAAAUUUUCAGAUGAUCAUAACCAAAUUUGUCUCUCUGAGCUAGUUGGAGUUUGGUGAACUAUCGAGAAAUAAGGCAACAAAAUAACUGAAAGCAGAAAAUCCAGUGAAGGUACCUCCAGAUACAGCUUAACAGAAAUGUAGUUAAAACACCUAUAAAAUUGUGGACAUUUGCCUCCUGAUAUUCUAAUGAGAGGAAAAUUAAGUUUGCUUUUCGAGCAGAUGUUAUUGUGAACAGAAUAUAGGAAGUCUUAAUAAGACAAUAUUACAAAAGAUAUUUUUACUGCCAGUUUUUUCAAAUUUUUAUGCCUUACAUGCACUAACUGCAUGUGUCUUGGGAUGUCUGUUUUCAUGUAGUUACAGCUAUAUCCAUGUAUUUUUAAUUUUACUUACACUAUACCAAUUUCAAGCAAGAAGUUCCCAACAACUUUAGGGUUGCAUUAUUAAAUCUACAUGCACCUUGAAUUAUUGACUUUAAAAAGAAAGAAAAAGCGAGAUAGAGAAAGCAUUCAUAGGUGUCACAUUCUAUAGGGAAACAAUCCUGCCGCGAAGGAAAUAGUUACCAUUCACAUGUUACACCUAGCAAGAGUGAAAGGUGAUGUACUGGUGCCUAAUUGCCACCUGUUAUGUAACCGAGUGCCAGUCAUUUAAAUGCCUGAUAUCAUAAUACUGUAUUGGGGCAUGUGCUAUUUGUCUUUAGUUGUUUUGCCUUUAUGGCAAAAUGUUCUUUGCCAAUUUGGAAGGUAUUGUUAUUGCUUUUUUAUUUUUUUAUAUAAAUUUUUGUGUACAUUUGGCAAUAGAAAUGGAGUUUCUCUGAUGUUCGCACUUGGUUUACAGCAUUUUUAGAACUGUUGUGUGCAUAAUAACCAACUAGUUCGCUUGGUAAAUCAGUAAUUACACCCUAGUUUCAAGUAAUUAGAAAGAUAAGUUUGAUGGGCUGUCCAGUGCAACAUAAACACAGUUGUGUUGUCGCUUUCUCAUAAUCCCUUUGUAAUUAUGUUUUAAGAUGUAUUUUAUAUACAUGAAUGUGCAAUAGCAAAAACGGGGAAAAUUCAGUAACAAAGUGAACCAAUCAAGUGAAGGGUGUUAGUCAGGGGUAAUGAGAGUAGUGUUGGGAAAUUACUGAUUGGCCAACUGAGCAACUGUAUCUCAUGAAACAGGUUCACAUUUAUCUAAUACAGCAGCAGAGGAAUGGUAUACUUAUCAGACUGACUGCACAGCAACUGAUAAAAAAAAGGGGUCAAUCAAACAUAAACAUUUUUACUGGUAAAAUGCCAGACAAAUCCAGUUGUAAAGCACUGUCAAUUUUUAGACAUAAAGAAAAUAUUCAGGACAUGUUAUAUUAUUGCUUCAUGUUAUCUGUACUGCAAGUUAGAAAACAAACAUGUUAAAAAAAACUUGUACAUGUUGCCCUAAGGUUUUUCUCUGUUUGCGAAUAGAGUGAAACCCCCAAAUUAAAUAAAAUUGAAAAACUGAACUAUUCUUGGAUUCUUGGUUUGUGCUCUCAGAAGAAAUGGAAUGACAGGAGAGAAAUAAUGGGACAUGCUUGAAAAUCAAUCUUAUAUUCGUAGGCAUAAUCUAUAUCAGUAGCAGUCUGAAAAUGAGCAGAGCAGUAGUGCCAUGAUAUUAACUAAAAUAAAUGACUCAUUGAGAGUGCUUAAUAUGUGAAAACCUGUGCACUAACAAGUGAUAUGAGAAUAGCGUGAUGGAGAUAACUAAAAACUGUCGGUCGCAGAUUAGAAACAAAAAUAGAAAGAACGCUGAAAGUGUAAGCAUAAUCUGCAGGAAUAAUAUUCCAAAGAUGGUAAAAAACAUUAUCAAACUGGUAGGGAGAAAACAGCUGUGGCACAUGGGAUGAGAAACUACAGCCAGUAAGUUAAUAAAGUAUGAAGUAAAUAGAUGCUGAUCAUAACAGUUGAUGUAGGGUCCAUUACAUGUCUUCGUGUUGAGAUGAUUAUAUCUGCUGUGGGAUGUAAAUGCAUAUAAUAAAAACUUGAUAAACGGGAAGUCAUCUUGCUUCUCUACCAGGUACUAAUAUCCUAAGGCAUUAUUAUUCCAGGAAUUUUUCUUAACCUUCAUACCAAUUUAUAACACCAUUAUUUUGAUUCUCCAUUUUAUUUUUGAUCCCAAAAAACAUUGAUUGGUGUGCGUUGUUAGGAUUUUCUUCUCAUCAUCUCAAUAGCUAUUAAUUUGUCUUUUUCAUUUUACAAUGACAAUCUGAAAGUUACCAGCUAUGCUAUUGUUUUCUUUUGACUGUAGCUGCUUUUAUCUGCAAUCUGAACUUUGACAUCAUCAGUUCAGCUUACAUUUUUUUGUAUUGUUGCCUUGAUCUGUGUUCUGUAUAAAUACUGAACUGUUUCCUGUAGUAAGUCGACUUACUUUUAUUGCGCCCAUUGCUAAACACUGUGCAACAAGAUCAAAUUUUUUUAUGUUAUUUAAUUUUCUCAAGAUCAUAAAUGUGUCAAAUAGCAAAAUAGUUGCAUUGCAAUCAGUCGUAGAAAAAACUUGCAGGUAAAUGGUCUACCCUAUGUGCACAUACAUAAAUUGGUCUCCUGUCACCACAAAAGUAAGGGUUUAUGAUUCACUUCUGCUUUUUAUUGAGAAACAAUUUUAUGCCCUCUCAUAAUUCUGCGGAGGCAAAUUUUUACUAUGUGUUGUAUUCCAUAUAGUGAUUCCUAUCAGAAGAUAGCAAUGGAUUACUGGUAUAACUUAUAGAGAUCAUAUGAAUGAUUGGAGAAGUAACAAUAUUUUACAUCACUUUAUCGCCCUUGGUCAUAAAAAUUUAAUUAUAUGGGAAAAUAUUUUGAUAUGUAUUUGCUGUUAAAUAAACUACAAACAAGUGAUUUAGUCUUGAAUUACAUACAUCAAAGUUUUGUGAUGCUAAUUUGUUGAUGGAAAGGUUUUUGUGUUCAAAUGAAGAGGGUAAGAGUGUAGACUGGACACUGGUUUGAGAUAUUAUUCCCCCACUGAAUAACACUCUGUUUUCACAAUUUGUUUAAGAUCAUCAUCCUAUGGUAAAUGGUCCUAACUGUUGAGGUUUAACUGAAAAAUAAGGAUUUUUCUAGCAAAACCAUUUUCAGGUAUUUGCUGAUAGGUGUUGGGUGAGUGGCGAAAGGUCAUAAAAUAAAACGUACAGUUUCAGACCUCCAUGAAUAUGCAACCCAAGGAUCACAAGAUUUCAGUUUUAUACAGGCUUCAGUGAAGUAAACAGACAAUGUAUAUACCUGCUGUUGCUUUCUUCAUACAGCAAUAUAAAAUUGCUGCAUUCUUAUGAAUUAAUCCAAAACGAAACCAAAGAAUGAAAGUUCCAAUCAGCAGCUUAGUGUGUAGUGAAAAGAAUUGUUUAACAGUUUAGAAGCAUGUGCAACACAUACAGUAGAACCCACCUGCAGGUAACUCACCGCAUGUGUCAAACAGGAAAUUGUGAGAGUUAUUUGUGAGGUUAAACUGGGUCAACAUAUCUCUGAGAACUCAUUUGUGAAUGAAUCGUGAAACAUCUUACAAACCCACUAUCAGAAGAUCUGAAGAAAUAAAAUGAGUCAUAUUUAGGUAUUAACAGCCCAUACAUGUUUGUUUAUUAACAAUAGCAUUGGGUACCGUAAAGAUCUUGCAUCUGCGAUGAAUCAUUAUUCUUGUGUGUUCAUUUUAUGCACAAGAAAUGAAAGUGUUAUUUUUUAUCAAAACUACUGCCUAAUUUUAUUUUACAUAAGUUUAAGUCUCUUGUGCAUUAUUUUAUUGUCUUCUGGAAAAUAGACAAUUGUAAAUGCCUCGUGUAUUUCAAAGAAAGAAAGAGAGAGACUUACAUAUGCACUGACUUUCAAAUAUUUUCCAAUCAGUUUCUUAUCAUUGGGUAUUAUAUCUUAAAUGGUCAGAAAAAUUCCAGUAGAAAUCCCUUAGGUUGUGUACUUGCCAAAGAUUCAUGCUUCUACGACAAGAAAAGUAUUUCUCCUGCAUAUUUUUGUUUCUAAAAAAAAAAAUUCAGAGUUGCAAGUGGUUGAGUGUAAGGGAAAUGUGUGCACUGUUAUCAGUAAAAUAACUUUUCUUUGGCUGAUUAAUGUUUAUUUUGCUUAUUGUUUUAAUGCUACCAGUGCACAGUAUUGUCAGAGAUGAGAGAUCAACAUAGCUCUUUGCUGACGGAUACUGUUGCUACGUUUGGACAUUGUACUGGCUUGUACAAUCUUUGAACAUGCUAUAAAACGUGACAGCUGCUACACAACACUAGCCUUAUACAAUAGAAUUCAUUUAGUCCAGUGGAACAUAUGGAAACCUGGAGAAGAUUAACACACAAAUAAAAUAAAGUGCAGUGAAUAACAUUUAAUUUGAUGGUUAUUACCUGAGCAAUUGGUGCAGACAAAGUUUCUUAACUAUAGAAUUUACAUUAACUGUGGUGCACAUGUAUUAUGCUUUAACAAUGAGACCAAUCUACAAUGAUUUGGGCAGAACACCUUCAUUACUUAAUUGAAAUCAUUACUUUCUAGUGUACAAAUUAAAGUACAUUUAUGCCAUUUAAUGAACAAGUUCUGGGUUACAAGAACUUGUUGAUGUAAUUAGAUUACAAAAAUACUUGAGUUAAAUGCAUAAUAAUUCUGUGAUCAAAAAUAAGAAUCUUGAUGUUACUGCAGUUUCUUCUUCUUCCUCGUCUUCUUAUUGAAAUGUAAUAACAAAACUAUAUAGACUAUAAUACCACAUCACAUUGUUUGAAUCUGUCCCCAAGAGUGUUGUAGAUUUCAAGAAAGAGGGGAUGGUGUUGUACCCCAGAGAUAUUUAUGUUCCACUUUUAUCAACAGUUACCCUGAACUUUGGUCAAAGAAAAGAAUAUGUUGUUGGUGGUGGUAAAAUGAUGUGAUAGCCCAGAGAUGUAUUGCUUUACAGUGUUUUAAUAAUAUCUGAAUAGGAGGGGUCACUGUGGGUAGAGUUGACUUUUUGAAACCAUGUGUACAGUGAUGUGGGUUAGUGUCCCAGAUACCACACACCCCGCAGGCAUUCACCCUGGUAGAUCCUCAUAAUCAAAGAGGGGGGCAGGGGGGUGGGGGAAGAAAGUAAUCUCAUGUGAUCCUGUACAGCCUUCAAAAUAGGAGCUUUGAACGAGCUAAUGACGUAGCAUAAUGGUUAAGGUACAGCCCUCAUUUGCAGGUCGUCUUGGGUUCAAACCACCUCAGGUGAUUUGAAUUUUUUUUAUUUUUUAAUCUUUAUCACAAUGAUUUCGACCCUUAUUUUUAUGCAAGUAUUGGUUUUAAUGUAUUUUAAUUUCAAAUCCUUUGUCACGUAAUUUUACUUUGUGACUUGCUGUCAUUUUUUCUUCCAUUUGGAAUCGUGCAUGUGAAUUUAAUUAUUUUCAUACAUCUAUCAUAAUAUUGAAACAUUUGGAAAUGCUGAUCUACUAUCUAAAAAUGGAAUACAAAGUAAUAUAUUUAUACUGAUUGAGCAGUGGUGUAAAAAAAAUCCAUUAUAAGACAUAAUUUUUUUUAGAUGGUGAUCAUCAUACAAACAUUUAAAAUACAAAUUCUUGUUGCACUAUGAACAAAAUAAGGUGAAGAUUUAAAUGAAAGAAGGGAUUAUAAGUAAAACAAAAUCCAAGCAAAAUGAAGAAUAGAAAUAAUGAAUGCAGUAACAUGGCUGGAAAUGUAAUAUAAUAUAAUGAAAGAGAACACAUUAAAUUGAAGUUGAUAUCUAAUAAUAAUUACAAUCAUGUAUACAAAAUUCCAAAUGAAAGGGAAAAAAAUGAGAACGAAUCAAAAAAUUAAUACAAUGGUUCAAAUGAUGUGCAUAAGGAUUAAAAAUUAAGAAAUUAGAUUUAAACUAAUUAAAUGAAUAAAAAUAAUGGGCAAAAUCAUUGUAUAAUGAAUAAAACAACAAAAAAUUAAAAACACCUGAAGAGACUCAAAUUCACAACCAUCUACUUGUGAGGAAUGCUAUAUUGCUUGUCUAUGUAUUGCUACUUUUUUGAAAGCUGUAGAGCAUCAUAUGAAAUUACAGCCCCCCCACCCCACACCACCCCACCUCGCCCCACUCCACGUUACUUGCAAACAAUGGCCCACCAGGGUGAAUGGCGGCAUGAUGUGAUACCUGGGAUCCCAACGUGUACAACCAUAUAGGUGACUUCAAAAAGUCGGUCCCACCCAUUGGGGGGGGGGGGGGGGGGUCUCCUUGCAAAUACUUUGAACUUGCAUCUUGCUUUAUUUUGGACCAGGAAAAUUUUUAGUAGUAGUACACUCACAUCUUGCUUUAAGAUAGUUGCCAAAAUGACACCAGGAGAAAGUAUCCUUUGCACUUGUACAAAUUCCAUCACAAACCAAAUAUCAGAUUUAUUUAUGCAUGUAUUACAUUUCCCACAGUUGUUUAGAAUCAAGCAUGAAAAUUGUUCUGUUACCUGAUUUGCAAAAUCUGUGCCUGACAAUAUUUUUGGUUAUUAUGAAAAAGACAAAUACUUUAAACAAUAAAGCUGCAUUUGAAAAACUCCAUUUCUGCUGCACUCAAUAAAUUUUAUUUUCACAUUUGUCCUUGAACUGUCAGAAUGGGUAAGAAAAAUGACUGUGUUCCAAAACCAUUAGAUUUGUUAGGGUGCUACAGUUGUAGAGAACUUUUAAAUUAUAAAUUGAAAUUAUUUUGUGCCCCAUUGCUCAGGCUUUACGAACUAUUUGAAAGAGAACAUCACCACGACAUUUGAAAUUGUUGCUGAUACACAAAUGUACAUGACAAUGGAAAAUAUUAUUUGUAAUGUGUAUACUAUUUUCUCUUCUUUGGUGACACAUAUUGUAUAAUUUAUUGCAGGCAUUAUUUACAUUGGAAGCAGUGCAAUAUAUCUUAGUGCUAAUCUUCCUUGGAAAUACACUUUAUGGUAACCAGUGCCUCCUAUGUCCAUAAAGUUUCAAAACCUUUGCCUUGGUGUAAAUUUUCCAUUGCCUUCAUUUGAAUAUUGUAUUAAUUUUCCUACAAGACAUGUGACAGGAAAGUUGCAACUUGCCAUUCUAAAAACUUGCUUGCUUUUCUAGUCACAUGAAAACUGUUAAGUAACAAGUGCAUGUUCAAUAUAUCAUCAUUCCCCUUUAAUACUUAUGACAGGAUCACUAUAAAUUUAAGUGUGUCUAGACAAAUAGGAAAACUAUUACAUGUGUGUGUGCAUUUUAUGUGGGUGACACUGGUGACAGCUGAUGCACACAAUUUUCAAUAUGCAUUGAAUAGGAUUAUGCAUGGAUUAAAUGUAUGCUAUGCAUAGACUGUGCCAAUGACACAUGAAUCAUUAAAGGUAAUUGUAGGUAAAUUUUUUUAUUGUGUUUUCUGUCUUGUUAAUUUCAUGUAGCAAUGACAGAACUAUGUUUCUCACUUUAAUGUAGCAUUAAAAAGAAUUUAACUGCUUCUGCUGCAGUGGGUUCCUUUGUCAGAGUUUAGCAUCAUAGCACUAAAUCAACAAAUGUGCAGCUUGUUCCCAAGUUUUGUAUAUUAUUCAAUAAAUCAUUGUUUUGCGUGUUUCUAUUGUUGUUUGCCCAAAUAGGUGCACGAAGUCAUCAUGCAGCAGUUGUGAUGUAUUUCCGAGAGUAGAAGUUGUCAUGCUUACUGUAUGUUAUGUAGCUGCGUAUGUAAAAGAAGUAUGCUUGCAUUUAUUUUUAUUUUCUCCUUCUCUCACAACUUGCCAGAAUUGUUUUGUUAUUGUGUGUCCCUUUAUGUAAUGUAAAUUAUUAGUUGUUUAUUCCAACAAAAACAGUGUUUUAUACUGUUGUAAUUUAAAAAUAGAAACCUAACUUGCAUUUUGUAUUUAGUGAGGUUUUUUUUAUUAAUAAUGAAGAAAUCCCACAGACGGGUUAAAUUUAGAGCAACAGUUUUCUCAUACCUAACUGAAGCCAGUAAAAUGAUUUUCGAUUUAAUUUUUGUUGUUAAGUUUUUCCAUUGUUUUGCUGUUUUAUCACUAAACUGUAAAAUAAUGUACUGCAGAGAGGCUGCUUUGCAUUCUGAAUGUUUAUAGGAGAACAUGUUUUGGGGAGUACUGGUUGUGAUAUUGAUAGAUGUUUCCCAGGAAGAUAAUUGUAAUAUUGUGUGUGUGUGUGUGUGUGUGUGUGUGUGUGUGUGUGUGUGUGUGUGUGUGUGUCACAGUGAGAGACAGUUUCCCAAGAGGCAGCAAGAACACGAGACUAAAUAGACUUUUAUAUAUAUACAAUAAACAGUAUAUAAUAUAUAUACAUAUAUAUUAUUAAAAUACAGUAAUUUAUAUGAAGGUAAUGUAUAAAAGUACCUUUUAACUUUUGUGUUUGUUUCAAUUUGUAAAUGUAAUAUAAAAUGUUUGACAAUU